UCGAUAUGUUUAAUGUUAUUGUUAUCAUAAAAACACAAAGACCAAAGUUUUUAUUAUUCCUUUGUAAUAAUCUCAAUGUUAGUCAAUAAAUUAAUCAGAACUGUUUUUUUGUUAAGGAUUACAAAUACUUGGAGUUACAGCAAAAUGGCUUGUACUGGAGAAACAUGUAGUGACCUUACAAGAAAUAUAUCUUAUUUAAGUCAAGAAGAUGCUGCAGCUUUAGAUCAGGACUUAUUCAAUGAAUAUAAGUUUAGUGUAGAUCAACUUAUGGAAUUAGCUGGAUUAAGUGUUGCAACAGCAGUAGCCAAAGUCUAUCCAGUGACUUCUUGUAAUACAGCACUAAUUGUUUGUGGACCAGGCAAUAAUGGUGGUGAUGGGUUGGUAGCUGCUCGACACUUGACAUUAUUUGGCUAUUCUGUAGCAGUAUACUAUCCAAAAAGAACUCCUAAACCCUUAUAUGAUAAUUUGUUAUGGCAAUGUGAGAAGUUUGGGGUUAAUAUUGUGGAUAACCUCCCUCCAUCUAAUGAAUUGAAGAAUCAUUACAAAUUGGUUGUAGAUGCAUUAUUUGGAUUUAGUUUUAAACCUCCAGUGAGAGAUGCAUUAAAACCAGCAUUAGAUGCCUUAAUUUACUCUGGAUUACCUGUUUGUAGUGUGGAUAUCCCAAGUGGAUGGGAUGUAGAAACAGGUCCAGAUUCAGAUUCUGCAUUGAAGCCAACAUUAAUUAUUUCCCUAUCUGCGCCAAAGAAAUGUGCAAAGCCAGAAUUUAUCAAAAAUGCUCGACAUUUUUUGGGUGGCAGAUUCCUUCCUCCUGCUAUUUUACAAAAAUAUAACUUGACUCUCCCUCCGUACUCUAAUCAAGAUCAAGUUGUUGAAUUAAGCUAAAUUAUUAUGUAAUUUAUUUUAUUGUGAUUUCAUAAUUUAUUUAAAUUAAGAAGCAGUACACAAUAUAUAUACUGCUCUGAAUCCUAAUUCUGAUUUUUAUUUUAUUUUAAUAAAAUAAACUAUAAAUAUUAGAUGUUUGAUUUAUUUUAUAAACGUACCUUUGAAAAAAAUUUAAAAUAUUAGUUUAUGAACGCACAUUUAUUUAGGCAUAAAAUCUAGAGUAGAUAGAAUGCACCAUAGACAAUAUCUGUCAAGUUAUGAUUUUCGCGGUAUUUUUCGCCGCUGUCAGCGAAAUCCGGCGUCUUGCUGUCAUUCGUUUUGUAAGCGGUCAGCAACUCCAGUUGGAAUUAUUUAUUCUCAACGGCUAUUGAUAUUUUAACAUUAUAAAGUUUAACAAUAGAC